UAUUUUUCUUCUUAGUGGGAUCACCCACUUCACUACUUUUCAAAUUCUUUCCUUUCACACAAAAAUAUUACUCCUAUCUUGAAUUUUUCAAUACCAAAAUACUUAUACUACUAACUACUUGUCUCUCUACUUGUCUCUUAAUCUUCUUAUUCUUCUUCUUCUUCUUUCAUACAUGUUUUCUUUUGCUAUAAUAUAUGAAGCCAAAUCAUUCCCUCUAAUGCAUCAUUUCAUACCAUAUAUAGCAAUCAUUUAACUUCAAAUGAUGCCAUGAUAUAAUGCAAUCAUAACAUAAAGUUGCAUACAUGGAAGGUGUAUUUUCCCUUCCUGUAGCCGUCAGAACUGAAUUUAUCCAUUCUCUCAUGCAAUCUCUUGGAGGAUGCUCUUACAUUUGUCUGUGGACAUAUGAUACCAUAUUACAAAAUCGUUUGUCCUUCUUGGAUGGUAUCUACAAUGUGAUAAGCAACCACCAACCAAGUUCUUCGUUGGGAAGUCUCGCACAACAGCUUUUCGAUCAGUACACGAUUUUAUCAUUCGAUAUCAAUGAUGACCGUAUUCCUGGACUCGCUUUUAGGAACCAACGCCGUUAUCUAGAGCUGCAACAGGUGGAACUUCUGGCACUGUCAUCAACAGAAAUACAGACACAAUUCUACAAGGAAGCAAGGAUUAAGACUGCUGUUUUCAUGGGAUGCAACAAAGGAGAAAUUGAGCUUGGUUUCUUAAAUAUGUCUAAAACUGAUAUUCAAACAGCAUUUAGGAGUUUAUUUCCUGAAGAUUUUUCAAGACAAAUUCAACAAAUUGAUCAAAAUAAUAAUAAUAAUAAUAAUAAUCCACCUUCAUCAUCUUCAUCUUCAAUGAGAUCACUAUCAACAGCAGGUAGUCCUGAAUACUCAUCUCUCAUGUUCAACACAAAUCCACCUGGAACUUCUCCAUCAUCACAUCACUUUCCUGAUCAUAUCCUUGGAGGAGUAGAUAUUCCUCCAAUGAGACCUGUUUCGAACACACUACCAUUUCAACUUCAACAACUCCCUCAAAUCACACCGACACAGUUAUUCCCUAUUGAUCAACAGAAUGAUGCAAUAAUGAGAGCAAUCCAGAAUGUUCUAUCUACACCCCCUUCUCAGCAAAGUUACGCGGCACAUCCCGGAGCUAGUGCAUUUGGAAGGUAUAGAAACGAUAAAAGUCCUAUUAUCAUAGGGUCGAAUUUUAGACGACAGAGUUUGAUGAAGAGAUCGUUUGCAUUCUUUAGAAGCUUGAAUUUGAUGAGACUGAGAGAACGAAAUCAAGCUAUGCGUCCUUCUAGUAAUCAACUUCAUCAUAUGAUAUCGGAGCGAAGACGACGCGAGAAGCUUAACGAUAACUUCCAAACACUUAGGGCAUUACUUCCUCAAGGAACUAAGAAAGACAAAGCAUCCAUACUGAUAACAGCCAAAGAGACCUUAAGAUCAUUGAUGGAAGAAAUAGAGAAACUAAGCAAAAGAAACCAAGAGUUGAUGUCACAAAAGUUGGCUGCUUCGAAUAAAGAAACUAUGAAAUUCUCGUCGAAUGAAAGAAUCAACGUGCGAGUUUUGCAUGUACCGGAAUCAAGUUCAUCGGAAGAUGAACCGAUGAUAGUGGAGUUACAAGUGAACGCGAUAGGACAAGUUUCUCAAGUUGAUAUGUUGAUUCGAUUAUUAGAAUUCUUAAAUCAAGUUCAUCAUGUCAAUUUGAUUUCAAUGGAUGCAACAAAUGCAAAUACUUCACAAGGGAAUAAUCAUCAUCAUCAAAUAACAUUCAGGCUAAGAAUUACUCAGGUGAGUGAAUGGGACGAAGAGGCUUUCCAAGAAGCAGUGAGAAGAGUAGUUGCUGACUUGAUACAGUACCAAGUGGACCAAAAUCUAUGACUCACUUGUUAUUAUCUUUAAUUGAUUAUUCUGCGGCGGUAUCAAAUUGUUUUGAUUAUGUAUAAGUCAAUUAAAUUAGCUUCACUUAUUUUGUUUGUUACAUGAUUAAUUUGUUUAGUAUAGGGGGGUUAUAUUAUAUUUGUUAUCUGUAUUCGUUUUAAAUAUUCUAAUUUUAAAUGAUUUUUUUUU